AUGGAAGGACUCUCACAAAGUAAAAAACACAAAGUUGAAGAUAUUCUUAACAAUCGGCAAAACAAGAGAUUAACGUUUCCUGGAAAGAUUACAAUUAUAGAGACGUUGGCUGCAUCCCAAUUGGUCUACAUUUUGUACUCAUUACGUACAUGUUUCAAAUCGUCAAAAGAAAUAAAUGAUUUGCUUUUCAAAUUUCUCUGGGAUGGAAAAAGGGACAAAAUCAAACGAUGUUUCUUGGACAUCAUGGCAUUUAAUAAGUCUUUAAAGAUCGCGUGGAUAGUAAAGUAUAUUUCUGAUGAUUGUAAAUCUAAAUGGAAAAAUUUGGGGGAUUUCUUUCUUUCAAAAUGGAGAGGAAAAUUAGUUUUUCUUGGGAACUUGAGAAAAAAAAACGCUAUCAAACAUGAUAUCAAGGAGGACUUCCUCCGAGAACUUAUCGAAAUCUGGGUGGACUUUAAUUUUAGAGACUCUUUCCUCUCCAAACACGACUUUUGUAGUAGUAGUAGUUGUAUAAUAUGGAAUAACUUAGUCAGAAUUGCUAAUAGGCCUUUUUUUUUACAUGCACUGAGCAGAAACUGGUGUACAAAAUAUCAAAGAUCUUGUUAA